AUGGCCAGCAACAAUGACUCUAUUUGGGUGUACAACCCCUCCUUUCCUCUGGCGGUCGUCGGAUGCGUCAUCUACAGUCUCUUAUUCGUCGCCACCACUUACACCACCUGGGUCAAGCACCGCGCCUGGUUCUUCUCUGCCGUCGUCGUCGGCGCCGCGGUGGAAGUGGCGGGCUACGCCUGCCGCGUCUACUCGGCCAAGAACCAAGCGGUCCUCGACCAAAUUUCUCUCCAGAUCCCGUACAUAUUGACGCUCACCUUGACCGUCCUCGCCCCCGUCUUCAUCGCCGCCGGCAACUACCAGCUCAUCAGCCGCCUCAUCCUGUGCGUCCUCGCGCCGGCGCGCCACCGCAUCCUCGGCAUCCCCGGCCGGCUGCUCACGCCCAUCUUCGUCAGCUUGGACAUUGCCUCGUUUGUCGUGCAGGGCAACGGGUCGGCCGUGGCCAGCGCGGGCAGCUGGACAGGGCCCCGGGAGAAGAUUGGGCGGUACAUGCUGAUUGGCGGCUUGCUGCUGCAGCUGCUCGCCUUUGGGCUGUUUCUCGCCGUGCUCGGUCGCUUCCACUUCUUGGCGCGCCGGCUUGCGGUGCCCGACGCGCCGGCCGGCUGGCGCAAGGUCGUCUGUGCCGUCUACAUUUCGAGUAUUGCUAUCAUGAUUCGCUGCGUCUAUCGCGUCUGUGAGUUUACGGAGGGGAUGCAGGGCUACGCUUUCCGCAACGAGUGGCUGUUUUGGGUGUUUGAGGCGUUGCCAAUGGCCGUGGCCAUCGGAGCCUUUUGCGUUUGGCACCCGUCGCAACAUCUGCCACGCAGCGCGCUGCUCUCCAAAAAGGCCGGAGCAAGGAAACAACUCGGCACCGAAAUGGCGACAAGCACGUCCACCUCACACGAGCGCAUGGUGUAA